AUGAGCAGAGACUUGAUAAGUGACGUCAAGCCCGACGCAGAUUCGGCCAACACCCAGGUAGAAGGCAAUGUUCAAGUCCUCGCCUUUGGGGUGGCGGCUGAGAGAACUGAAGUAUCCGGACUGCUCUACAGCCUGGUAGACGACCUGCAGGACCUGUCGCUGCUGGGGAUCCGUGGACGCCAUCUCACGGGGGCUCUUUUUGAAGAAUUUGUGGUCAAAACAAUCAUAGUCUUGGAUGAAAUUCCCAUACCACUUCUUAUUCUUGUCGGUCUCGCGCCAUAUGGAGUUGAAUUUUAUUCGUUCGGUGGGAACCUCAACGUGCUGAGACUUGCCCUCACAGAGGAGAUCCCAAUAGUCCUGGAUGUUCGUAGCUCCCGGAACGUUGCAUGCCAUUCCAACCACGGCGAUUCGAUUAUCGGGAACGUUGGGCUUGUUGCCGGAAAGUCGCAGGAUACGGUCGUCGUAAUCGGCAACAUGGAUGAGACGGGAGCCGAGCUUGGAGGCCAAUGA